AUGAACAAAUUUUCGAUCAUUCCUUGUUCUUUCCGGUUUUUGUCAAUCGGUUCUUAUGUUGAGCUCAUCGAAACCAACGGUCGAGAUCGACUGCUUUGCGGAGGAAAAAAGCUUCAUGCUCAUCUGGUGACAUCUGGGAUUGCUCGCUUGACGAGAAUUGCAGCUAAGCUUGUGACGUUUUACGUCGAAUGUGGGAAAGUUACAGAUGCUAAGAAGGUGUUCGACGAAAUGCCCAAGAGAGACAUUAGUGGAUGGGUCGUCAUGAUUGGUGCUUGCGCUCGAAACGGGUAUUCUCAGGAGUCUUUAGAUAUCUUCAGAGAAAUGAGUAGAGAAGGAUUAAAGCUUGACGCUUUCAUCGUUCCUAGUCUUCUUAAAGCCAGUCGCAAUCUGCUCGAUCAAGAAUUUGGGAGGAUGAUACAUUGUCUGGUGCUGAAGUGUUCGUUUGAGUCUGAUGCGUUUAUAGUCAGCUCGCUCAUUGACAUGUACUCGAAGUUUGGUGAGGUAGAGAACGCGAGGAAGGUGUUUGAUGAUUUGGUUGAGCAAGAUUUGGUCGUGUUCAAUGCUAUGAUCUCUGGUUAUGCUAACAACAGCCAAGCAGAUGAAGCAUUGAGCUUGGUGAAAGAUAUGAAACUACUGAGGAUAAGACCUGAUGUUAUCACUUGGAAUGCUCUAAUUGCAGGAUUCGCAAAUAUGGGAAAUGAAGAAAAAGUAUGUGAGAUUCUUGAGAUGAUGUGUUUGGAUGGUCACAAGCCUGACGUUGUGUCAUGGACUUCGGUUAUAUCAGGCCUUGUACAUAAUUUCCAGAAUGAGAAAGCUUUGAAUGCUUUUAAACAGAUGUUAGCUCAUGGUUUGUAUCCAAACUCAGCUACGAUCACUACCCUUUUGCCUGCUUGUACAACACUCGGGAAUGUGAAGCACGGGAAGGAGAUUCACGGCUACUCUGUAGUCACUGGACUAGAAGAUCAGGGUUUUGUUAGAAGUGCUUUGCUCGAUAUGUAUGGGAAAUGUGGUUUCAUAUCAGAAGCAAUGAUCUUGUUUUGCAGAAUUCAAAAGAAGACUACGGUUACUUUCAACUCGAUGAUCUUCUGUUAUGCAAAUCACGGGCUCGCAGACGAAGCAGUUGAGCUGUUCAGUCAGAUGGAAGCCACAGGAGAGAAACUUGACCACUUGACAUUCACGGCGAUCCUGACAGCCUGCAGCCACGGCGGGUUAACUGAUCUUGGACAAAAACUGUUCCUUUUGAUGCAAAACAAGUACAGAAUCAACCCGAGGUUAGAGCAUUACGCUUGUAUGGUGGAUCUUCUCGGCCGAGCAGGGAAGCUUGUUGGGGCUUAUAAGAUGAUCAAGGCUAUGCCAAUGGAGGCAGAUUUGUUUGUGUGGGGUGCUUUGUUAGGUGCGUGUAGGAAUCACGGGAACAUGGAGCUCGCAAGGACUGCUGCAGAGAGACUGGCAGAGAUCGAGCCAGAGAACUCAGGGAAUGGUUUGCUUCUGUCUAGUUUGUAUGCAAAUGCUGGUAGUUGGGAAAGUGUUUUAAGAAUGAAGAAGAUGAUAAAGAAGAAGAAGAAGAAGUUGAGAAAGUUUACAGGCAGUAGCUGGGUUGAAGUAGAAACUGUUUGA